AUGAGUGCUGCUCUUAAGAAUGAUUUAUUGGCAGGCUCAGUUGACGCGUCACUGGCGGAAGUCGACCUACGGUCUCGAGAUUCUGAGCUCAAGUCAAGGGGGGAGGUCGCGAUUGGGCCCUUCUCUGUCUUGGACUUUACAGCACCGACUGGGAAGCGGGAUGAGCACCCUGACGUGAUUCAGGGAGAUGCUCACACAUUGUCUAGCCUCCACCAGACCAUCAAAGCAACAAACGCCAUCAUGCCCGAGGACAUAUCAAACCGUAGUCCCGGCUCAAUAAUUGAUUCUUUGUCGCACAUGGACGAGUUCCUGCAUUGGUCUGAUCUUUUGAGUUUUAGUCCAGAUCAAGCUGGCUUCGCAUCACAUCCUUCCCUAAGCAUGCCAUACGAUCUAUCCUUUGACCUGGGCCAAGAAAUUGAGUCAUCUCUACCUACGCCAGCUCAUGAGACGAUGCGAACGGUGACUCCACAGCAAACACCAAUGGAGCUAGAAAUAGCUACAGUGGAUGUUCUGAAAGACGCACAGUUCCUGCUCAAACAUUUUCAAGAUGUGGUGAUUCCUCAGAUUAUGGCAAUUCCAUUUGGCCUCAAAUCCCCAUGGAGAAUUUUGAAUCUCCCGGCCGCAGUAGUGGCCUUCGGGGACACGACUUUUCUUGGAACAGAGGGAGUUAGCCAUGCUCGACUUGCUAAUUUAUAUGGCCUGCUUGCAUGUGCGGCAAUCGAUCUAGCGCGGAGGCCACACUUGGGGACAUUCCAGUCCGCUGAGAAUUGGUUUCAAAUCGCUAGCCAAACGUACCAACAAGCCAAAGACCACCUGCAGGUAUCACUGCAGCAUGAAACAGAAGGCCCGAAGAAGGCUAAAUAUAAAGACCAACUGAUGGCUGCGAAUAUCCUCACCCAAUAUGCCGUAAGUUCCGUGGGUGUGCUCUGUUUGGUGGAAAUUUAUUGA